AUGCCACCAAAGAAGAGCGACGGCACUCGUCGCAGCGACGUCUCGGUAGCACGCUUUGUUGUAGCCGACGAAGACACCACAAUGGCCGCCACGGGCGAACCAGUUCUCUCCGCCAACCCAGCCUCCGUCCUCGCCGCGGCCGCCCUCGAACGGGACUCUGAACCUCUUCCACCUGUACCCACAACAACAGCAACCUCCGAGAAGCAAACUACACCAGCACCUUCUGCAGCGGUGGCGGCCCAGUCUGUCCGCGCCAUGUCAACUACGGGAUCAGCAGUAGCAGGACCAACAUCACCAUCAGAGUCUAAGCGUGGCGGAGGAGGAGGAGGAUCAGAGAAGGACAAGGAACGGGAACGAGAAAAGGAACGGGAGAGGGAAAGGGAAAAGGAGCGCGAUGCCAUCACCAUUGAGGAUCUCACGCUUCCGAAAUCGAUCAUCACCCGUCUUGCCAAGGGGGUGUUGCCUUCGAAUACGCAGAUACAAGCGAAUGCGAUUCUGGCCAUGACUAAGAGUGCAACGGUCUUUAUCAGCCAUUUGGCUAAUGCUGCAAACGAACAUACCGUAUCAUCAGGAAAGAAAACCAUCAUGCCAGCGGACGUGUUCAAGGCUCUAGACGAGAUUGAGUACGGGUUCAUGCGGGACAAGUUGGAGGCCGAGUUUGCUAAGUUCAACGAAAUCCAAACCUCCAAACGAUCAGUCUACCGCAAAAAGGUCGCCGCAGCCAAGAAGGGCCUCGGCGGUGGUGGUUCCGGUUCCGUGUCCGGUGGUGGUGCUGGCGGCAGCGUAGCGGGCGACGGCGGCGGCGACGGCAACGACGACAGCGGCAGCGGCAGUAGCAACCAACAGAACCAAAACCAAUCCUCUGCACAGACAGCUACUACAUCGACAACAGACAGAGAACCAGGGGGACCUCGGUCAGCCAAGAAGGCGAAGGUGGAUCAUACCUCGUUGUCAUCGUCAUCAAAGAUGGACGUAGACGGAGAAGAGCUGCAAGAUCAGGACCCGUCGGAUGCGGAGACGGUUCCGGAUGAAGAGGUAGAUGAGGAGGACGAGGAAGAGGAGGAGGAGGAGGAGGAGGCGGAAGAGGAGGAGGAAGAAGAAGAUGAGGAGGAGGAGGAACAACCGCAAGAUGAUGAUGAAGGGGGGGCAGAUGAGGAAAGGGCGGGACCGCCUGAUGAGGAUGAGGCGCUUGUUGAUGAUGAUAGUGAUUAA